AUGAAUCGUCGUCCGGGUGUGCUGACAUUUAUUUGGCGUAAUUUUUUGGAUUCGUUUAAUCGGGAACGAUUCCAGAGAACUUUUGUUGGUAGUGAUGAAGAAGGCAACAAGUAUUACGAAUUAAUCAAGUCCAAACGGAUUGUUAACAGGCAUAACGAACAUUACAGAGGUUUUGUCCCGGGAAACACUUCAUCUCAACUACCACCACCAGAAUGGCUAACAUGGUUACGAGGGAUACGGAAAUCACCACCCACACCAGAAGAAGUUUUGGCAAAUCGACAAGCUAGUGAAGAGAUAGCAGAGAAAGUGGAAAAAUUAGAACGGGAUAGGAUGAACGAAAUUCCAGAUAAUACGAAAAAGAUGCCUUACAUGGAAGCGACAUCCGAUGAUUUCGAUUCACAACCAAGAGGUUUUCCACGUUACGUGGAAUACGAUAAACAGCAAUCGGGAAUGUCAUGA